CUCCAUGCACCUAAUCCAGCCAUAUGCAUAGAAUAAAUGAGCUCCCGGACUACAAUCAAAAUUUGCAGGACGGAGCUCCUUUUUCAAAUGAUCUUCAUUACUAAUUGAGUAUAAUAUUUGAUUAUAAAAAUGUCCAUGAAAAGCUUAAUACAAAGUAUAACCAGGUUAACUCUUGCAAAUGGAAAACAACAUUUUUCUUCCAACAGACAUAUUCAUACAAAUUCAUCACCACUUUAUUUUAAAGUAUCACAAAUAUUAUAUGCUGAACCCUUAAAAAAGAAGAAACGUUUAGAUCCAGCAAUUAUAAAAGCAAGAGAAGAAAGAAGGAAGAAGAAAAUUGAAAAACAAAUUCGUCGAUUAGAAAAAAAUGCUCGUCAGUUAAAACCUAUUGAUGAACUUGAAGUUCCAUUGUACUUGGUCGAUAAUGAAAAACAACAUAAGCGACAACUGCCUCCGUUAUCUGCAGAAGUUUUGGAACAAAGAGUUUUGUUAGAAAAACAAUGGGCACGUUACAAACGGGAACAACAUUUAAAAGAUAUUCAAAUGUUUGAUCGUAUUAUGCAAUCGCAACAAAAAGCUUUAGAUGAAUUACGUAAAGAAUCAGAAGAACUUUAUCAAGAAGCUAUACAGAUGGAUUUAACAUUAUUACCGUAUACAACAAAAGGUCCAGUUCGCACUCCAGCAAUUAAGUCUUAUGAAAGUCCGGAUGGUGAAUACAUUGAUAUAUCAAGAAAAUGGGAUUAAUUUGCAGAUUAUGAUGUUGAUUUGUAUUAUUACAGUAGUCAUUUCAUUUGUAAAAUCUGUUUUAAAUGUAAAUAAAAAAGAAAAUUAGUUAACAACA